CCUUGUUUUUUUCUGCUGCUAACGGCCAUGAGCCUGUAUUCCAUCAUUUUUUCUCAGAUAGUAUGCCUUCUUCUUAGACCUUAACCUACCAAGGUAACUGUUCAAAUCACUCGGCAACUUUUUAGAGUCCUAGUUUCUUCUCAUUCUCUCAGGUUGCCAAGUUAUCAAGCUCCCCAGCUUUUACUUGCCUUUAUACCUUUUCCCUCCACACUUUUCACUCACCAGUUUUACUCACCUUUAUACCUUUUCCCCUCCACACCUCUCACUUAUCAGCUUCACUGUUCUGUCCGUGACUACCCCACAUGGACCCCAAGAUCAGUAAAGGCAAAUAAGUAUCGUGGCUGACACACAACCACCAGCCAGCAAAGACCUAGAAAGUUAUUUUACACAUACAGUUACAGUAGUAGCUGACCAAGAAUUUCCCUCCUUUGACCCGGUAGAGGAAGCGGUGCAUGUUACAAAUCUGACAUUAAAAGGAAGGAUCUUCCCCAGGCAACAGGUAAGCAAGGACACCCUCGAAAACCAUGUCCGAACUUUAUGGGUGGUAUCUGCUGCAGUCACAGCAAACGACAGAAACAACAGGUAUGGCUGGAUCCUCUUUGAUGGAGGACACAUAGAGUUCAUUUUCGAGGACGAAAACGACAGAAACAACACUUUGAAUGGCGGUUCCAUGGUUCUUCCGAAACAACUGGAUCCUCUUGGAAGAAUGGAAAGACUCAUACACUGGCAUGGUAGAGCAGGUCUGGACUCAACAGGUAUGGCUGCAAAUUCACAUGAUUCCAAAAGGUAUGGUCGAAGACAAAAUAAUAUGCUUUCUGGCUUCCCAUGCAGGUCAGGUAGUUCCGAAGCAGGAAAAGGUGAAAACAGGCCACCUCACCAGAGGCCUGCAUGUAAGAAAGAAAAUAGUUGUAAAUCUACAACAACCUCUGUACACAGGAAGGUUCAUUUUUUAUCAGGGGAAGCCCAUAUGGCUUCGUUACUGUUACUAACAGCUUCCACGCUUUUGUGCAAAUUGUGGCCUUGUAGGUCACACCGUCACAUCUGGUCAAACUGUAAAAGGCUAGACCCUUCAAUUCAAGACCACAAACAGCGUCUUGAAAACAGACCCAUAAGCUACCCGGGUGACUGGAUGAAAGCAGAUCACCGGCCGGAAAAACCUUUGGUCAUACCAACUUUCUCCUACGCUUCAUCAGAGCCAGAAGCUUGCAAAAUCAGGGAUGGAGAGCACAGAUCCAAUGAARACUCAGAGCAUGGCACGGAUGGACAUAAGCGUCAUUGCCUUGAUCAAGCAGCCAGCGGGGGAUAUUGUUUCAAACCGGUAGGAAACUCCGGCGAACCACAAGAGCAGCAAGUGCAGCAACCAGUCGAACCAACCCAGGGUGAACACAUGGCCAUGCAGGUGGGAAUCAGGCAGGCAGUACAAGAAGAACAUGGUGUCCAUGCAAAUGUAACAGACAACAUGCAAAUGCAACGUGGAAUUCAUGCACAAAGCUCUCAAUUGCAAAAUGGCUGGCAUGCAACAAUUCCUGAAUCCAAGUGGUUGUGCAUAUCUGACAUUGAUGGGAAAAUCUGGGCUUUAUACAUAAUAACAAAAAAAAGGAGGUAUCAGGGCCAUAGAUCUUCGUACGGACAAAAAAGAAAAGGAGACGCCCCUUCAUGAGCCUCCUGGAUGCAACCUCCAAAAAUACCAUCAUCACUCAACAUGGGGACCUUAUCUAUUAUUUCCCCGAGCCCAAAGAGCAUCCAGCAGAACCGCCAACCCAACCCUUCAUCGAACAGUUAUUUACACCGCACACACGGAGCUUAAAUAACCUUCCGAACCUUAACACUACAGAGCAAUCAUUACCAUCAAUGUGGAAACCGGCUUGGAUACCAGAUCUAACAGUCAAUGGAGGAAAUCCUCAUAAGAGAAAUAGAAGCAAUAGGAGUCUGAUACUUGGCAACCAACCCACUACAGAUUUGAUCCGGAAUUUGGAAGACAUCAAUCCACACUUUCUCUCACAACAGCACUGUGCACAAAGUCAGACACCUGCAGAACUUAGUUAGGCAGUCAACCCCAGAUAUCCUCUUCUUGUGCGAAACCAGGAUGUCAGCGUCAAAAUCUUCCAGCCUUGCAAAAUCUCUCAAAUACCACCAUUUUACACUACAAGAAGUACAAGGUCAGUCAGGGGGGUUAUUGUGCUGCUGGUCAAGUCAUCCAAACACAAACAUUCACCAAGUCCAUCGUAAUUUCAUCAUAUUACAAAUUAACAAUUUCCCCAAUAAAAGUCCCUGGCUCUUGGUACUUUUUAUGGACAUCCACAAAAACACCCAAGGAGGGGAGUCUUACAUAAAUUGACACAAAUCUCAAUACCUGUCCAUCUACCCUGGCUGCUUGUUGGAGACGUUAAUGAUCUGCUCUCGAUCCAUGACCAAAAGAAUUACAGAAACAUAUUUCAGAUGCCCUAAAAAGAAUUAUGUGAAGAUGCACUAGAGCAGCAGUGAUCUGGACAAUUUGGGAGGAAAGGAAUCUAAGAAUCUUUGAAGACAGGGAAAGAAGUAAAGAAGCUGUGAUUGAGAUGAUUACUCUCAGAGUAGCACAUUGGGUGAGCACUUUAAAGCUCUUUGCUGACUUUAAGGUUGAAGAUUUCUGCAGAUCGUGGGGAAUAAUUGCAGGUUCUUCGUUUAGAAGACAGAUUGUUCAUGAGGCCUGGUCUCCUCCAUGUGUUGGGUGGAGAAAUUAAACUUUGAUGGUAGUUGUAUGGGCAAUCCUGGACCAUCUGGUAUUGGUGGGGUAAUUAGGGAAGAAAAUGGAAACAUUCUAGCUUUGUACUCAGAUCCUAUUCAGCACGGAGAUGUGGUGAGAUCAGAAUUAUUGGCAGCAGUCUAUGGAGUAGAGAAAGCUAAAGAAAUGGGGAUUACUAAGCUGAUUGUUGAAGGUGAUUUAAAAGUAGUUGUGGGCUGGUUGAAAAAAGGGGAAGGAAUCAUAUGGAAGUUAAGGAAUGAAUUCAGGAGAUUCAAGCAGAUUUCUAAAGAUAUGAUGAUCCAAAUAAGAUGGAUUAGGAGGUCUGCAAACAAUUUGGCUGAUGGCCUGGCAAAGCAAGGAACUCAAAGACACUCUAUGUUCUGGGCAAUUCUGUAAAUAGUGAAUAGUUUCUGGGUGGGCUUUGUUUUUGUGCCCACAAAUCUUUGUUGUACCUCUUUUUUAAUCUAAUGAAUCAAUUUUGUGUUGCUGAUCAAAAAAAAAAAGAAUUACAAAAACAUAUCCCCCAAACCCUCAAAGUAAUUGCUGCAAUUCACCCAGAACUUUGGACUGAUCAGCAUUGACUACUUGGGACCCCCUUUUACAUGGACAAAUGGCCAACAUGGUCCCAAAAAAGUACAAGAGAGAUUGGACAGGGCUUUUGCAACCCCCACCUGGUUGGAUCUGUACCCGAAUUCUAUAAUCCAAACCUUACCAUUUUAGCCUCUAACCACGCCCCAAUAAAGCUUAUGAGUGAACCCCCUAAUAUACCUACUAGGCCAUCCCAUUUUCACUUUCUCCCCUUCUGGUCAGAACAUGAAGGCUGUAAAACUAUAAUAGCCACCACCUGGGAACAACAAAUAAGAGGAUCACCUCAUUUUCGCAUAACCAGUAAGUUAAAGCAAUGCAAAAAAAAAAACACUCUGCUGGAGUGGAAUUGUACCACUUUUGGAAAAAUCCAAAACCACCUUCAAAAGUUCUCAACAGAAAUCUCCUCUCACCACCUACAAAACAAAGAACCUCAACUCCUGAGAUCUCUCCAAGAACAGUACUCUAUUACUGGUUACAAAAGGAAGAAGAGCUAUGGAGAUUGAAAUCAAGGGAACUCUGGUUAAGCGAAGGAAACAAGAACACAAAAUUUUUUCACAGCAUGGCCAGACAAAAAGGAAUUAGAAGUAGUGGAUUAUGGAUUAACACCUACAGGGGAAUGGACAUCGAACAAGACAAAGAUUGUCGAGCUCUUCAUCAACAAAAUAAAGGAGAUAGGUGGAAUCUCAGAAAAUGUAAACACAAAAAUACUCUCUCAAUUACAUCUUCCCCAAAUCUCAGAACAGCAAAGACAACAAUUGCUGCUCCCACCCACUUUAGAGGUGGUCACCCAAGCAGUCUAUCCACAUAAAGCCCCGGGGCCGGAUGGGUUCACAGCUUUAUUCUACCAAAAAUAUUGGGAUAUACUAGGGAAUGAUAUAUACCAAAUGAUCCUUCACUUUAUCAGACUGAAUACCUUCCCAAAGAAACGAAUAACACCAUUUUGGUCUUUGUCCCCAAAAAUCAGAACCCCA